AUGAUAUAAAAUGUUACAAUUAACAAUAAACAAUACAAUUUGUUAUUUGAACUAGGUAAAGGAGCUGCAGGAAAAGUGUACAAAGCAUAAUAUUAAAACUAAUUUUAUGCUAUUAAGAAGUAGGAAUACUUUGGAGAAGGAGAAUUAGAAUUUUAUGGGCAGUUAGUCCAACAAAAUUUUAAAAAAUGCAAGAAUUUAAUUCAAAUCUACGACUUUUAAUAAAUUGGUAGAUUUUCAUAUGUUGUUAUGGAACUAGGGGAUUUUUCAUUGUAUGAUGCUCUUGAGUAGAAUAAAAUUGACUAAAAAAAUAUUCGAUAUAUUAUUAAAUAGAUUGCCUCAGGAAUUAAAGAAUUACAUGAGAUGGGUUUGGCUCAUAGAGACUUAAAGCCUGAAAAUAUAUUAAUUUAGACUAUAUUUUCAGAAUAGUAAUCUUAAUAGGUAUAUAAAAUUUGUGACUUCGGGGUUGUUAAAAAUACUCAAAAAUUGGUUACCAAAUAAGUUGGAACUCCUUAUUAUUUAGCUCCAGAAGUAAUAAGUAACAAUAAGAAUUCAUAUUCUAAAGAAUGUGAUAUCUGGAGUUUUGGAGUUCUAAUCUAUGAAAUACUGACGAAAAAGUUGAUGUUUUAAGGUAAAACAAUCAAUGAUAUAACAAAUGCAAUAUUAAAUAUUACAGAUAAUGGUAUUGAAAUGCUAAUCAAUUAAUUGUAUAUUGAACCGGAUUAUAGGGAGCUUUUAAAAAACAUGUUGAAAGUAGAUGCUUAAAAACGAUAUAAUAUCGAUUAAGUUUUGGAAUCCUUGAAACCUAAAUCUAGAUCUACUUCAAGACAGAGAUAAAAUCACUUUGUUUAGCAAUUCCCCCCUCCCAACAGUUUCAGUAUCAGAGGAAAUCCUGAAACUAGGAAUAUUUAGACAUCAUUCUCUCCUUUACAAAAUAUUUAGAAUCAAAAUACUACUUCAUAAAUACCACCUAUUUAAAACCCAUAAUAAAAGCAAUUUAACUAAAAAUAAAAUGUUCAAUAAUUAAAAUAAUUAAAUUUUUGA